AACUAAAUUGGUUGAGUUCCACUGCAAUUUCUCAUUGAAGGGUCACAAGAUUGGGUCUCGAGAUGGCUAGGUCUGACAUUGACAAUUUUAGGUCAUCAAGGGAAACCAUAGAGCUGGAGUUGACAGGGGAGAGGGGACCAUAAGGAUAUCACUUAUAGGGUCAUGAAAUAUCUAGAUAACUAUGAAUUUUCUUUGAUGGAAUGGUUUUGUAUCUUGAGGACAAUUACCUUUGUUUGAAUUAUUAACAUGUAUAGUGUUUGAGUAUUUCAGAUGCUUGUGUUGGAUGAAUCUGGUUUUGUUUUUCCUAAGCCAAGGCUUGAAAUUCUCAGCUGGUCUCACUCCCUGAAGGGGGGUGUGAUACUAGCCUUCUGGUGCUGCUGGUACAUAACUGGUCUCUACACCUCAAUAUUAAGGGCUCAAGUCCCUUUAUCACUUUAAGGAUGUGUUGUCAUUGACUGAGUUUGAGUUGAUGGAGCUCUUAGAUGUGGGGCUUGCUGAAGUUACAUUGGCUGUAGCACAAGUUAGUGCGAUUGCUUGCCCGCCUUGUCAAACUGUACUGUCAUUGCUUGAGCAACGUGUUCAAGAUGAAUACUUCACUGGUCAUCUCCCUACACGUCUGAAAGGGUUAGAUGAUGUCUUAUGUGGUGGAAUACCAUUUGGUGUUUUGACAGAAUUGGUUGGUCCUGCAGGAAUUGGCAAAACACAGUUUUGCAUGAAGCUUUCAUUACUCGCUUCUUUGCCUCCUAAUUUCGGAGGUUUAGAUGGGCAUGUCAUUUAUAUUGAUGUAGAAUCCAAAUUUAGUUCAAGAAGGAUGAUAGAAAUUGGUGUUAAUAGUUUCCCAGAAAUAUUUCACAUGGAAGGAAUGGCACAGGAGAUGGCUGGUAGGAUACUAGUUCUGCGGCCAGCAUCACUGGCUGAAUUUACUGAGAGCUUGCAACAAAUUAAAGUUUCAAUCCUCCAGCGCCAAGUGAAGUUGCUUGUCAUUGAUAGCAUGGCAGCUCUUGUUUCUGGGGAAGAGCAAGGAUCUCGUAGACAAUAUUCGUUGGGUUGGCAUAUUUCGUUUAUUAAGUCACUUGCAGAAUUUUCACGAAUUCCUAUAGUUGUGACUAACCAAGUAAGAAGUCAAAAUUGUGAUGAGGCCUCCCAGUACCCUUUCCAAGGUGCUGUGCCAAGCAUGGUUGAUGAUGCUGUAGGGAAUAGAUUUGAUAGUCAUCUUGUUCCUGCUUUGGGGAUUCACUGGGCUCAUGCUGUCACCAUUCGUCUUGUCCUUGAAGCUAAAUCAGGUGCUAGGCUUAUAAAGGUGGCAAAAUCUCCAAUAUCUCCUCCUAUAGUAUUCCCCUUCAACAUUACUUCAUCAGGAAUAUUAUUCACAAGUGAUGUUGGAAUAGAGAUGACAGGACCUCAAAUAAACACAAUACAAAAUCAAGGCCACAGUGGAAUCCUUAAUUUCUCCAGCUAGAAGUAACAAUGGUCCAUCAGCAUGUGACUACAACAAUCAAUAUCUAGGCAUGUAGAAAGAGAUCUUCCUCAGGAUAUACAUUCUAUUUGAUGUCUUUCAAAGCUAAAUCCAGGCAUCAUUUCUACAUGUCAUUGUUACCUUAUUAUUGCAAGAUUUAUUUGAAAUAUUUUUUUGCU